AUGAACACACAUGCAUUAUAUGUGUGUAUACACACACAAAUCUAUCUAUCUAUCUAUCUAUCUAUCUAUCUAUCUAUCUAUCUAUCUAUCUAUCUCUAUAUAUAUAUAUAUAUAAGGACAAACCUUUUAUCAUCUAAACGUCCAUUUUGUUGUGCUAUACAUUCCAUCGACAAAACUCGUUCAAAUAUUUUUUCUUGCGCCAUACAUUCCAUCGACAAAACUCGUUCAAAUAUUUUUUCUUGCGGCAUACAUAUCAUCGACAAAACUCGUUCAAAUAUUUUUUCUUGCGCCAUACAUUCCAUCGACAAAACUCGUUCAAAUAUUUUUUCUUGCGCCAUACAUUCCAUCGACAAAACUCGUUCAAAUAUUUUUUCUUGCGCCAUACAUUCCAUCGACAAAACUCGUUCAAUUAUUUUUUCUUGCGCCAUACAUUCCAUCGACAAAAACUCGUUCAAAUAUUUUUCUUGCGCCAUACAUUCCAUCGACAAAACUCGUUCAAAUAUUUUUCUUGCGCCAUACAUUUCAUUGACAAAACUCGUUCAAAUAUUUUUUCUGUGCCAUACAUUCCAUCGACAAAACUCGUUCAAAUAUUUUUUCUUGCGCCAUACAUUCCAUCGACAAAACUCGUUCAAAUAUUUUUCUUGCGCCAUACAUUCCAUCGACAAAACUCGUUCAAAUAUUUUUCUUGCGCCAUACAUCCCAUCGACAAAACUCGUUCAAAUAUUUUUUCUUGCGCCAUACAUUCCAUCGACAAAACUCGUUCAAAUAUUUUUUCUUGCGCCAUACAUCCCAUCGACAAAACUCGUUCAAAUAUUUUUUCUUGCGCCAUACAUCCCAUCGACAAAACUCGUUCAAAUAUUUUUUCUUGCGCCAUACAUCCCAUCGACAAAACUCGUUCAAAUAUUUUUUCUUGCCCCAUACAUUCCAUCGACAAAACUCGUUCAAAUAUUUUUUCUUGCGCCAUUCAUCCCAUCGACAAAACUCGUUCAAAUAUUUUUUCUUGCGCCAUACAUUCCAUCGACAAAACUCGUUCAAAUAUUUUUUCUUGCGCCAUACAUUCCAUCGACAAAACUCGUUCAAAUAUUUUUUCUUGCGCCAUACAUCCCAUCGACAAAACUCGUUCAAAUAGGUUUUGUUGUCCUAUACAUUACAUCCACACAACUCGUUCAAUUAGUUUAA